UCAAGUGUCCUGAAUGCCCUCAUCCCCACCAAGUCCCCGACGGUGUUCCUGGACAUCGAGUACGAGCAGCGCAUGUUGGGCCGCGUCUACAUCACACUGUUCGGUCACCUGCGUCGGGCCAACAACUUCCUCCUGCUGUGCACGGGCGAGACCGGGGCGUCCCUGAAGAGCUCUAAGUUCUUCGAGGUGUGCAACCCCGAGGCGCCGGGCGAGAGGCUCAAGGGCGGCGACUACGAGUUCAACAACGGGCGGGGCGGCGAGGCGCUCGUCGAGGAGCUGGAGUUCGGGGGCGACUAUGCGCAGCCCAUGGAGGCCGGCAUGAUCACCGCGGGCGGCUCGGGACACCGCUGCUUCGACUCGCAGUUCCUCAUCUGCACCGAGGGCGACCCCAACAGGAGCUUCGCGUGUCCCUUCGGCGUGGUGACGUCCGGACUCAGCUACUUGAAGGAGGCGGUGUGGCUGGUGGUGACCAAGGAAAUCUGGAUUGAAGAGUGCGGCGUCCUCCUCGAUGUGCCCAGGUUCUGA